AUGGGAAUACAUAGAAGUGGGGUGUACAACAUCACCACGUGGAGGUCACACACAACUGUUAGUGUAUACUGUGACAUGACAACCGAUGGAGGAGGAUGGACGGUCUUCCAACGAAGACUCGAUGGAUCCGUAGAUUUUUACCGGAAUUUUAGUGAAUAUGAAAAUGGAUUCGGUUCCGCCUCGGGACAAUAUUGGCUAGGUCUACGGAUUAUACAGGAGAUGCUUGGCAAAACAAGCCAUGAACUGCGCAUAGAUGUUGAAGGUUAUGAUGGGUCGAGCGGAUACGAUGUAUACAGUAACUUCAGACUGCAAGGUGCUGGAUAUACGUUCUACGUUGAUAACAGAACCCGAUCGUUCAAUACCCAUGAGACAGGUAACAUGACAAUGAUAACUGCUCGCUUUUGCGGCCCAUGA